UGGGACUUCUCCCUUGGAGCUUCUGUGCCGAGAAUCCGAUGUUGGGCUCGGCUACCUGGCUGAAUACAGCAGAUCAGCCCAUGAAAACUUCUAUUCCCAGCCAAAGGAAGGAGUCCAGCAAAAGGCAGCACCUACUCUUUCAGGCUUGGAAACAAGAAAGGGGGCAAGAGUGGGAGAGUGUGGAAUCUGAGAAGACAACUGAAAGGUGACAUUUAAGUUGAAGAUGGGUGGUGGAGAAAGAUUCAACAUUCCAGUUCCCCAGUCUAGAAAUAUCACCAAGAACCAUCAACAACUUAAAAACAGGCAGAAGAAUAAAGAGCAGAAUUCACAGAUGAAGACCUAUAUGAAGAAAGAAAGAGGACAUGGAUGCAACUCGUCACCUAGUGCAUGGCAGGCCAUGCAGAAAGGGGGAAAGAACAAUGUUCACUUCCCCAGUAAUCAAAACUGGAGUCCUGCUUUAGCGAAUCGCAACCUGUUCUUCACACCUCAAACCAAUCAGAACUAUGCUGGAGCAAAAUUUAGCGAGCCACCCUCACCAAGUGUUCUUCCUAAGCCACCAAGCCACUGGGUACCUGUUUCUUUUAAACCUUCUGAUAAAGAAAUGAUGACAUUUCAGCUGAAAACAUUACUUAAAGUCCAGGCUUGA